CAAUCUCCACGGAAAAUAUAACUAAAAAUCUUCAAUUAUCUUCUUCUCCUUCUCUUCAAUUCCAUCAACGGCUAGUGCUUCCUCCGGCAAACCUAUUGUUUCUUUCUCAAAUUCACACAAAAGCCCAACCCUAAAUUCUGUCUCUUCCGCCGCUACAGUUGGGUACUCCGGCCAACCCACUUUGCCGGUUCUCUACCCUUCAUCGCUAUCAGAUUCAAUUUCAAACAAUUGUUUUCAGAUGCUUGCAUUGAGAUGUUUUCCUCCUGUCAUUAGAGGUCUUGAAUCAGUCAAAAUUUCCUGGAGUACAAUAACAUCAACAUCAACAAGUAGCAGAAGCAGUGUAGUGGUCUGUGGUGCAAAGGGCCCCAGACCAAGAUAUGCUCGAGUCUGGAAAACCAACAAAAGGAUUGGGACCAUUUCCAAAUCGGCAAAACUUGUUAAGAGUAUUAAGGAAGUGUCAAAUGUCAAAGAGGAAGUUUAUGGGGCUCUCGAUUCAUUUAUUGCUUGGGAAUUAGAAUUCCCUUUAAUUACAGUAAAGAAGGCAAUUAAAACCCUUGAGGAUCAAAAAGAAUGGAAGAGAAUAAUUCAGAUGACAAAGUGGAUGUUAAGCAAAGGUCAAGGAAGAACAAUGGGAACCUAUUUCAGACUCUUGAAUGCUUUAGCAGAGGAUGGAAGACUUGAAGAGGCGGAGGAGCUUUGGGAAAAAUUAUUUUCAGAGAACUUGGAAAGCACACCUCGAAUGUUCUUUAACAAAAUGCUUGCUAUCUAUUACCACAGGGGAUUACAUGACAAGAUGUUUGAGAUAUUUGCUGACAUGGAGGAGCUUGGCAUUCGACCAAAUGUUGCAAUUGUUUCGAUGAUGGGAAAAGUCUUUCAGCAGCUAGGUAUGUUGGACAAAUAUGAAAAAUUAAACAGGAAGUAUCCACCACCUAAAUGGCAGUACCGAUAUAUCCGAGGAAGGCGCAUCAGGGUUCAAGCAAAAGAUUUUCAUAAAUAUGAUGAUUAUGCUGAUCAAGGUUUAAGUGAUGACGAGAAUGUUGUCCAUGGUGAAAUAAACGAAUCAAGUGCAGAUGAACAUGGUGUUGUACUAGAAUCUGAGGAUGUAAACGAUGACUCAAGUGAUAUGUUAGAGGAAGCUGAAACAAGGACAAAUGAAGCUUUGAAUUCCUAAGAUUUACUUAAGCCAAUCAGAUCUUGGAUUGUCAUACUGAGGUACUCAAAUCUAUAAUCUCGGUUUUGGUCUUUAGAGUGGAGGUUGUGCAAGGCAACAAAGUUUAUUAAUCUUGUAGGACAUAUGGCCGGUAAGAUAAAAAAAUGUAGGGCUUGUUUGGCACUUUUCUA